AUGGAAUCCAGUCCGGACAUUAAGAAUGAGGAAUGGCUGGAGGAUGGCAGUCCUGUUGAGCAGUCCCGCAUCGAGGGAGUGACCCUCCGAACAGAGGGCAGUCGCCGUUUGAAACCGUUACAGACCAUCGCCGCCAGCUGGAUUAUCUGUGACAGCUGGGCCGGUGUUGCUGCCACUGUGGCUCUGGCCAUUGUCCAAGGCGGGCCUGUUACUCUGACCUACGGUCUCAUUGCCAUGUUCGUGCUGGUUGGGGCCUGCACGCUUACACUUGGAGAGCUGGCCAGUGUAUAUCCAACUGCUGGUGGGCAGUAUCACUGGACUUCGAUUCUAGCUCCCAAGCGUGCCCGACGAGUGUUGAGUUAUGCCUGUGGAACGGCGAAUAUGUUCGCCUGGAUUGCCAUCUGCACUGGGAUUGCCAUUAUCCCCGCCCAGCUCAUUCUGGGGAUCGUCAUUUUUUAUUAUCCCGAUUAUGUUGCCCAGCCAUGGCAUUACUUCCUGAUCUACCAGGCCCUCAACGCGCUGGUGAUGCUGUACAACGUUGGGCUCCUGAAACGGUCACUCUGGAUCCACGAUGCCGCUUUCGUGAUUACUCUAGCUUCGUUUCUCGCCAUCACAGUCGCCUGUCUUGCUCGAUCCUCUGGCAAUUACGAACCAUCAUCAAACGUAUGGGAGACCUUCCUCAACGACAGCGGAUGGAGCUCCGGUGGUGUUGCAUUCCUCACUGGGCUCGUCUCUCCGAAUUAUAUGUAUGCUGGUAUUGAUGGUGCGCUGCAUCUGGCGGAGGACUGCACGAAUGCCGCGACAGCAGUGCCCUGGGCUCUGGUCAGCACUCUGACCAUCGGGUUCGCUACCACCUUUGCUUUUAUGAUUGCCAUGCUCUAUUGCACUCAUGAUUUACAGGCCGUGGUGGAAACGAGUACGGGUAUCCCGAUAUUCGAAAUCUGGCGCCAGGCUACACAGUCACCCGCCGCCGCAACGGUCUUCGUUGUACUUGUCUGUUGCGCCGCGACGUUCGCACUUAUUGGAGCCCAAGAGACUGCAUCCCGUCUGACCUGGUCUCUUGCCCGCGAUGAAGCACUACUGGGCAGCAAGUGGAUGGGGAGGAUCCACGGCAGACUCGACGUCCCUGUGUGGGCGAUUAUCUUUAAUGCCAGUGUCGUCUUUAUUAUUGGGUGUAUCUACCUGGGCUCUUCAUCGGCAUUUAAUGCCUUCAUUGGGACAGGCCUGAUUCUGCAGCAUGUUUCGUAUGCGUUCCCUGCCCUGCUGCUCAUGUAUCGCGGUCGAGCGAGUAGCUGGCUCCCUGCAUCACGCAAAUUCCGGCUGCCAGGCCCGGUCGGAUGGACGAUGAACCUGACUACAGUUUGUUUUGCGGUUGUGGUGUUGAUCUUUUACAACUUCCCUACUGUGAUGCCUGUGACUGGAAGCAAUAUGAACUAUUCGUCCGCAGUGCUGGGAGUAAUGGCCAUUGUAGCUGCUCUGAAUUGGGUGUUUUAUGCUAGGGAGACGUAUCAUUGUCCGUAUUUGCGAGGGAUUGAGGAGGAAUAA